GUUUCAUAUCAGAAAGCAGGGCCCCUUAACAGAAUGGAGGUAGGGUUCAAAGUAGAGGUGGUAAACGGCCCAACAAAGGGCGGCAAUGACUCCAGUAAAAAGAGACCACCGGGGCCACCAGGAUGGCCGAUUGUGGGCAAUAUGUUUGAUCUUGGAACAAUGCCUCACCAAAAUUUUCACCAACUUAGAACCAAAUAUGGAUCGGUUCUUUGGCUAAAGCUUGGUUCAACGAACACCAUGGUCAUACAGUCUGCAAAGGCUGCUGCUGAACUGUUCAAGAAACAUGAUCUUCCUUUCGCGGACCGCAAAGUUCCAGAUGCACUAACUGCCUUGUGCUACAACCAGGGAUCAUUGGCUUUUGGAAAUUAUGGUCCCAACUGGCGCAUGCUGCGUCGGGUCUGCUCCAUGGAGCUUCAAAACAAUAAACGAAUCAAUGAGUCGGCUUCACUUAGGCAAAAGUGCAUUGACAAUAUGAUAAUAUGGAUCGAGGAGGAUUCAGCAGCGUCGCGUGCACAGGGAGGAACAGGUGAAGUGCAACAGGUGAGGUUCCUGUUUAUCAUGGCUUUCAACGUGGUUGGCAACCUCAUGCUGUCCAGAGAUAUUCUGGAUAGACAGUCCGACGAAGGGCAGCGGUUCUUUGACGCCAUGAACAAGGUCAUGGAAUGGGCGGGGAAGCCUAAUGUAGCAGAUUUCCUGCCAUUUAUGUUGAUCUGGACCAAUGACCCUAGGUACCUUAGGAUUCCCUUCAAAUCCCAUUCAAGCACAUCCCAAUAG